CUAGGAAAACUAAAACAGUUCAUGUAAAGAAAAAUCUUAAAACACACAAAUAAAAAACUACUAAUUCCCAAUUUGCUGGCUAAACUGUGUCAAUCACUGCCCGGGGUUUGGGCUUAUUAGUUGAGACCUGAUCUUCAUCUUCAUCGCCUGUAACAAACCUUUUCCAGUACCAAUGCUGUUUCCAGACCAUACUCAUCUCUUCGAUGGGGAUGUUCUUCGUCUCCGGCAAGAAGAAGUAAACGAAGAGAGACAUGAUAACCACAAAAGCCGCAAAGUAGAUGAACAGCCCGAACUUCAACUUGCACAGCAUCUUCAGGAACACUUGGGCGACAAUGAAGGUGAAGAUCAUGUUGACUGCGACAUUGACGCUCUGGGCAGCCGACCGGAUUUCCAGGGGGAAGAUCUCGCUCGGCACCAGCCACCCCAGCGGGCCCCACGACCAAGCGAAUCCGGCCACGUACACGCAGAUGAAGGCCACCACCAGUAUGGCAAACCACUUGGGCAAAUCUCCCGGGUGUCCGCUGCUUCCAAAUUUCAGCCCAAUGCAGAGUGUGACUGCAGCCUGGGAUAUAAGCAUCUGAAUACCACCCUCAAGAAACAGCCACCUUCUCCCCAGCUUAUCAACUUUCCAAAUGGAAAACAGAGUGGCCAAAACGUUAACCCCGCCAGUAAUCACCGCCGAGAAAAGGGAAGCAUUGCUUCCGAACCCGAUGGUCUUGAAGAGGACGGGCGCGUAGAACAUGAUGACAUUAAUCCCGGUGAACUGCUGGAAGAAGGGAAUCAGGAUCGCCAUCACAAGCUGAGGCCUGUACUUCCUCUGCAGCAGCUUCCUCCCGGAGUUCUCCACUCUCUUGGAAGCUUCGCCGGCGGCGACCAGGUCCUCGAACUCCCGGUCGACGUCGUUGACUCCCCUUAUCCUCUGGAGCCUGGCUUUGGCUUCUUCGUUCUUUCCUCUGGCAAGCAUCGAGUUGGGAGUGUCGGGAAGGAAGAAGGCGCCGACGGUGAUGAUCAGGGCGGGAACCAUGGCGCCACCCAAACUCAAACGCCAUCCCCAUGAGAUCUUAGCGAAGAAAUAGUUAGCCACGUUGGCAAUCAAGAUUCCCAGAGUGAUGGAUAGCUGGAAGCCGAUGUUUAAAGCUCCUCUGUACUUGAAUGGCGCCAUCUCCGACAAGUAGAGUGGAAUAGACUACAAAUUAAAACCAAAUUACAUCCAUAAAAAAAUGAGCUUAUAUGAUUGAUUUGGAUUGAUAAAAUAUAAAUGAAAUAGGAACCAUUUAC